AUGAAAUUAGUUUUUUUGGUUUUAUUGGUUUCAGCCUCUAUUGUGGCUGCGGCUAGUGAUCAGAUCCUCACUCCACGUAAUUCAGAUGAUAUAUUGGACCAUUUGGAAGGAAAUAAUCAAAAUAUAUACCUCUUGUUCUUUGCAGCUUCCAGUCCUUAUGAAGAAGUAGCUCAUAGGAAUAACAAAGAAAUUGAAGAAGGUUUGAAAUCAAUAAUAACUGAUAACCCAGAAAUAUAUUAUGCCAGAAUUGAUCAUUCAAAUCCUAAUUUCCAAAAGUUGAUCCAGGUAACAGAGGUCCAUCAUGCUCCUUCUGUCUUCUUGAUGGUACAUGGGCAAGGAGUUUGGAUUUAUGAAGGAACAUCAGAACUUAUUUUAGAAAGACUAAGAGAAUUUUUACCUCAAUUUAAAGAAGCUGCUAGCCACAAGACCGCUCCAUAUCAGUUAGAAUAAAGCAGUACUAAAGUAUAAUUGGUCAUACAUAUUAUGAACGAUCCCUGGUUAGGUAAAUA